AUGGGCGAGAAAAGAGGUGGUGGAAAGGCGAAGGAGAGGCGAUCAGAGAGGGUGAAAGCAGGUGCCUCCUCGCCUGCGAGAGCAGCAGCGGGGGAAAAGGCGGAUGACGCUGUGACGGCCGCGGGGAAGGGUGGGGAGGUGGGGGGGAAUGGAGUUUCGGAAAAGGGCGGGGAGGUUGCGGAGAGCGCGAGUGUGGGGAAGGGCGAGGCAGCUGAAAUGGAUGCUGACGUGUCAGACGAGGAGGCUGAGGGGGAUGCUGACGUGUCAGGAGAGGAAGCUGAGGUGGCAGCGGAGGACGAUGACGUGUGCGAGGUGUGCGGGGGCGAUGGAGAGUUGCUGAUGUGUGACGCGUGCCCCGCUGUGUACCAUCUGUACUGCCUGCACCCGCCGCUCUCCCACGUGCCUGAAGGCGCCUGGUUCUGCCCCAAAUGCGCCCACGAUUGGGCGGCAGUGGAGAGAUUUCUGGGCGUGAGAGAGGUGGAGCAGGGGGAUGAAGAGGGUGGCGGAAAGAGUGGUGAAGGGAGGGAGGUGGGGGCGGAUGGGGGGACAGGAGAGGGGGAUGGUGAUGGUAGGGAUAGUGGCGGGAAGAGUGACAGGAAGCGAGUGGAGGAGUAUUUGAUCAAAUGGAGGGACAAGUCCCACAUUCACUGCACCUGGGUGGGAGCUACAGCUUUGGAGGCAGCAGCAAAGAGCUUCCCCGGACUUAAAGCCCGGCUGAGGAACUACCUGCGGCAGAGGGUAGAGGCCGCGGCACAGAGCGCGCUGUUUGGGGACGGGGAGGAGGACUUGGAGGAGAGUGGUGUGGUGCCGACACUGCGACCUGACUGGCUGGUUGUGGAGCGAAUCGUGAAUGCCAAGAAGAACCGCAAGGGGCAGCAGGAGUACUUAGUUAAGUGGCGGGAGCUGGGGUACGAGGAGGCCACGUGGGAGACAGAGGAGGAUUUACGGAGCAAAGGAAGAGGGCCGGGCAGUGGCACGAAGGAAGAGCCACAGGAGGGGCUGAAGAGUUGGGGGAAGGAUGGGGCGAAGGAUGGGGCGAAGGAUGGGGCGGAGGGUGGGGCGGAGGGUGGUGAUAAGGGGAAGAAAAGUGCAGGAGGAGAUGUGAAAGGGAAGAAGGUUGUGAGAAAGAAAGGAGAGGCGGAGAGUGGUGAGGCAGUUGUAGAGGGUUUCGAGGAGGCUCUUAAGGAGUAUGAGGAGAUGAUGGCGAGAGGACCCAAGGCAGUGGCGUGGGGACUGGUGGAUGGGGGAGGGGGAGGGGGUAAGGAGGCAGAGAGGGGAGUGCAGAAGAAGAAGCGAAUGGAGUUCAAGGAAACACCCGGCUUUCUGAAAGGUACGCUGCACCCGUACCAGCUGGAGGGGCUCAACUGGCUGCGGUUCGCAUGGCAGCAGAAGCAGCACGUGAUUCUGGCGGACGAGAUGGGGCUGGGCAAGACGGUGCAGGCGAUUUCCUUCCUCGCAUCGCUGCAUGAGGAGAGGGCCACAGCGCUCCCCCACAUGGUGGUGGUGCCUCUCUCCACUCUCCGCAACUGGCAACGAGAGUUCGCCGCCUGGGCGCCCCACCUGCGCGUGGUGAUGUAUGUGGGAACAGGUGCAGCAAGGGCAUUGAUCCGGGAACACGAGUUCUUCUUCCCCUCCUCCUACACGCCUCCCCCUCCUCCUUCAACCAAGGAUACGCGGAUGCAAGGGAAGCAGGGAAAGGGCGGGAAGAAGGGGAAAGGUGGCGAGAAAGGGAAGGGUGGAGAGAGCAAGAAGCGUGGAGAUAAGGGGAAAGGUGGGAAACUCGAGAGGUCGGUGCAACGAGGGCCGCAUCGAGCCAAGAGGAAACGAACGAGGGGGAGGAUGGUUGUGUCUUCUGAGUCAGAGGAAUUGCAGGAGUCUGAGGAGUCCUCUGGCGGGUCGGAUGGGGAUAGUGAUGACGAGGUGGAAGAGGUUGGGGUGCUGGAGGAUAAGGAUGGAGGAGACGAGGAGGAAAGGGAGGAGGAGGAAGAGCAGGCAGGGAAGAGUAGACGCAGGCAGAUGGGGACGAGGGCUUCCCGCAGUGUUACGAGAGAGCAAGAUAGGGAGGCAAGGAGCAGGGGUGUGAUGAGAAGCGAUAGUACAGGGAGGGCUGUUAGGGGUCGAGAGAAGGGCAGGCUAAGAGAAGCAAAGGGAAAGAAGGAUCGCGGGAAGAAGAGAGGAAGGGAGAUGAAGCAACAGCAGCAACAGAAGGGGCGGAAGCGGCGGAGAGGAGAGUCAGCAUCGUCAUCGGAUGAGUCUUCAGAUGAGGAUGAUGAGGAGUAUGUGGUGGUUGCAGAGGAGGGGAUUGAGGAGGAGGGGAAUGAGGAGGAGAGCGAGGAGGAGGCGAGUGAAGAGGAGGGUAGUGAGAAUGAGGAGGAGGAAGAGGAAGAGGAGGAAGAAGAGGACGAGGAGGAAAUGCCACUGAGCAAGCGGGCGAAGGUCAGGCGCAGUGGGAAAGGCACUCAUUGUGGAAAGCGCAAGCCACGCAGCGCAUCAGCAGGCAGAAGCAGGGGGGGCGGCAGCAUCAAGGGGGGCAGCAAACGCAUUCCCCCUGGUGGUGGGCGCAUGCAGCAGCAACAGCAACUGUCCCGGCAGGAGCGGGUGAGGUUUGAUGUGCUGCUGACGUCAUACGAGGCGGUGAACAGUGACUCGCAGCAGCUGAGGCAGGUGCGGUGGGGGUGCCUGGUGGUGGAUGAGGGGCACCGCCUGAAGAACAAGGAGAGUAAGCUGUUUGGCACGCUGCAGAGCUAUUCGUCUCUGCACCGCCUGCUGCUCACCGGCACGCCCCUGCAGAACAAUCUGGACGAACUUUUCAUCCUCAUGCACUUCCUCGAUGCCGAUAAGUUUGCGAGUCUGGAGGGGUUUCAGGGCGAGUUCCAGCAGCUGGGGCAGGAGGAGCAGGUGGCCAAGCUGCACCACCUGCUGGCGCCACACCUGCUCAGGCGGCUGAAGAAGGACGUGUUGAAGCAGAUGCCGCCCAAGAAGGAGCAGAUUCUGCGCGUGGACUUGGCGCCGCUGCAGCGCUCGCUGUACCGCGCCGUGCUCACCCGCAACUACCAGGCUCUCACCAAGGCGUCGGGGCAGCAGGUCUCCCUCACAAACACGAUGAUGCAGCUGAGGAAGGUGUGCUGCCACCCGUUCCUGGUGGAGGGCGUGGAGGAGCAGCACGGAGGGGGAGACACCCCAGCAGAAGCCAGCCGGCGCAUGGUGGCGGCAUCUGACAAGCUGGCUCUGCUGGAGCGAAUGCUGGAGCGGCUGAAAGCGGGGGGGCAUCGCGUGCUGGUGUACUCGCAGUUCAAACGCAUGCUGGACCUGCUGCAGGAGUGGCUCAUGGGCAAGGGCUGGGGGUGUGAGCGCAUAGACGGCAGCGUGAGCGGCACGGACCGGCAGCAGCGCAUCGACCGGUUCAAUGCCCCCGGGUCUAGCCGCUUUGUGUUCCUGCUCUCCACGCGCGCUGGUGGGCUGGGGAUCAACCUCGCCACUGCCGACACCGUGAUUAUAUACGACAGUGACUGGAACCCGCAUGCGGACCUGCAGGCCAUGGCUCGCGCGCACAGGCUGGGGCAGACCCAAACGGUGAUGAUAUACCGGCUGGUGACGCGGGCGACAGUGGAGGAGCGGAUGGUGCAGAUGAGCAAGAAGAAGAUGGUGUUAGAGCACGUGGUGGUGGGCAAGCUGAAACAGUCCAACCUUAACCAGGAAGAGCUGGAUGACAUUUUACGAUUCGGAGCCAAGGAGUUGUUUGAAGAGGACGAGGAGGAGGAAGAGGGGAAAGGAGGAGAGGAAGGGGAAGAGGGGAAAGAGGCAAAGGAGGAAGAGGGGAAGAAAGAGGAGGAAGGUGGUGGGGAGGUGGCAGGAGACAAGGCUGGAGAAGGCAGUAAGGAUGCCGUCAAGGAUGCUGACAAGGAUGCUGACAAGGAUGCUGACAAGGACACUGAGAAAGGAGCGGCUGGGGAUGAGAAAGCAAAGGAAAAGAAGAAGCAGAAGAAGGAGAGCCGUCGGAUCUACUAUGAUGAUGCCGCUAUCGACAGGCUGUUGGAUCGCAGCACAGUGGGCGAGGAGCAGGCGGAGGAUGAACCCGACAACGACUACCUCAAGGCGUUCAAGGUUGCCAAUUUCAGCUUCGUAUCAGAAGCAGAUCAAGCCGAGGCCGGCGCAGAGAAGGAGAGAGAGCUGGAGCGAGAAAGGCAACGCGAACAGGAGCUGGCAGGGGAGGGGGAGAGAGACGGCAAACGCUUAGACGCUGCAGGAAGAGCCGCGUACUGGGAGUCACUGCUGAAAGACAAAUACGAGGCGGAACAAAUAGAGGCGUUUUUGGAGCUGGGUAAGGGGAGGCGGGCGAGGCGACAUGUGGAUUACACGGUUGAUGGGGAGGAGGAGGGGGAUAAGGUGGGCGGGCGGAAGCCGGAGAGAGGGGGGAAGGGGGAGAAGGGGGGGGAAGGGGAGGGGGAUGAGGCGUAUGAUGAGGAUGGGGAGGAGGACGAUGGGGAGGAUGGGGAGAGUGAUGUGGAGCUUGAGGAGGAAAGUACGGGGAGGGGGAGGAAGAGGAAGGUUAGGUACGGAAAGCCGGUUCCCGCUACCUCUCCUGGUGCUGCUGUGGGAGGGGCGGGAGGAGGGGGGAGUGCAGGGGAAGUGAGGAGGAAAGUGUGGCCGUUGAUGGAGGGCGCAUGGCCGUACACCAAGGUGCUGGGAUUCACAUCCAAGCAGCGCAUGACUUUCCAACAGCUUAUCAUGCGGUUCGGGAUCGGUGAUUUCAGCUGGAAAGAGUUCGUGCCUCGACUCAAGCCGCGCACCCUGCAGGAGAUAAAAGACUACGGUGCGCUUUAUCUGAAGCACAUACAGGAAGAUCCAACCAGCAAAGACACAUUCUCAGACGGAGUGCCCAAGGAGGGCGUGAAUCCCCAGGAGGUGCUGAUCCGGCUGGCCCUGCUGCACCUCAUUCGCACCAAGGUGGCCGCGGCUGAGAGGACCCGGGAGAGGCUGCGGGAGAGGGUCAGGGCGAGGAGGCUGGCCAAGGGUGGGAGUGCAGAGGGAAGGGGUGUGGAAGAGAGGGGUGCAGACGCGAGUGGUGCAGAGCGUAGGGGUGCAGUGGCAGCAGCGGGAGAGGCAGCAACAAAAGAUGCAGCAGUAGCAGCAGCAGCAGCAGCAGCACCUUCUGGGAAAGAAGAGGCUGUCAGGAAGGCGGGAGAGGAAGUGUGCGGAGGCGCGGUGAGAGAAGGAAAAGGGGAUGGACCUUCAGAAAUGGAGGGCGUGACUUUGGCUGGUGGGGAAGGGGGUGAGAAGGGAGAGAGGGGGCGUGGAGGGGUGGUGGGGGAAGGGAAGGGGGAUGGACCUUCAGAAAUGGGGGGCAUGGAGGGAGAUGGGGAGGGGCAUGAGAAGCGGGAGGAGGGAAACAGUGAGCCGGGUGCGAAGGGUGAAGGAGAUACUGGAGAGGGAGAGACGGGAGAGGGAGAAGGUGGAAAGCAAGAGGGUGAAGAGAAGGAGGGUGACAAGAAGGAGGGUGAAAAGGAGGAGGGAGAAAAGGAGGGAGAAAAGAAGGAGGGUGAAAAAAAGGAGGGUGAAAAGAAGCAGGGUGAAAAGGAAGAGGGGGUGGAAGAAAAGGAGGAAGCGGUGGAGCUGGGUUGGGAGGAGUUGCUGCCAGGCCUGCCAGAGCACCUGAAGAGCCACAGCCAGCUGGCACCGCUUUUCCGCACGCGACAGUGGCGGGCCGAGCAUGACCUGCAGCUGCUGCAAGGCAUCACCAGGCAUGGCUACGGGCGGUGGAGUGACAUCAUCAAUGACGAUAGGUUGGGCCUCGCUGACGUGGCGCGCGCUGAGCUGUCACUGCCGCCUGCCCCGCCACGCAACAUGAUUGGCCUUACCCUCGAGGACAUCCCGGCCGUUCCACCUACCCCAGUCGCCACCUCGUCCGCCCAGCCCACCAAACCUGGUGUUGCAACCACCAAACCUGCUGAUGCGCCCACCAACCCUGCUGAUGCACCUAUCAGACCUGGUGCUGUGACCACCAAUGGUGGGGAUGGCAUGGGUGACACGGCAGGUGUUAGGGAGGAGGGGAGGGCAGAGAGGAAGUCAGCAGAGGCGAAGGCGGCAUCAGCGCAAGAGGGUGCUGAGGGGGAUCUCAUAAUUGCGGGUGUGAAAGCUGAAACAGGUGCUGCUGCUGGUGCCGGUGGUGCUGCUGGUGCCGGUGGUGCUGAUGGGGCUGAAACACGUGUGACUAUGGAGGAGGAAGGAACGGAGGGAGUGAAGGCGGAAUUGAAGGAGGGAGCAAGUGAGAAGGAAAAGGAGGAAGAAAGGGAAGAAGCAAAGGAGGGGGAAGUGAAGGGGGAAGUGAAAGGGGAAGUGGAAGGGGAAAUGGAGGAAGUGAAGGAGGAAUCUGCAAGGCUGUCCCAGCUGAACCGCACAGCAGCAGCAGCAGCAGCAGCAGCAGCAGGCUCUGCUGGUGCAGGUAGUACUGGGGCGGGAAGAGCUGCAGACACCAUUCAGACUGCAAUUGACGUGGUGGCAGCUGAACUAAAGAGCCGCCAGCAGCAGCAGCAGCAGCAGCAGCAGCAGCAGCAGCAGCAGCAGCAGCAGCAGCAGCAGCAGCAGCAGCAGGUGGGGGUGGGGAUGCGGCAGCAGCUGCAGCAGCAGCGGUUGCGGCAGAAGGAGCAGCAGGAUAUUGCGAUGCAGUUGCAGCAGGGGCUGCAGACUCAACAACAACAAACUCAGGCUCAAUCACACCAAAUACAGCAGCAAAACGAGCAGCAGAAACAACAGCAGCAGAAACAACCGCAGCAGCAGCAGCAGCAGGAUCCCAAGGGCAGUGUCCCGUGGACAGAGCCAUAUGUGAUUGGCACACCCGCCACUCGUGUCACUGCUCCAGCGGCCACCGUAGCUGCUGCCCUUGCCUCUCGCCCGCAAGCUACCUCCUCCAUCAAGCCCCCUCAUAACCAGUCCGAAGCUGGAUUAGCAACACCUCAGAACCGAUCUGAAUCUACUUCGAAGGAGGUGCAAGAGGAGGCAGAGUGUGACCCGUAUGUAGCGCUCAUCCGCCGGCUCAACGCAGAAGCUGAGGCAGCUGCAAGGGAGAAUGCAUCCUCUGAUUCCAAUGCCGAAGCGGAGGCAGCUGUAGCAGAGGGGGAUAAUCCACCUUCCGAUUCCAAGGUCGAGGCUGUAGCGGUGGGAGCGGCUUGGGACAAUGCAUGUGCUGAUCCUGGGGAGGAGGUUGUAGCAGCCAGGGAGAGUGUGAGUGGCCCUGCGAAUAUUGCCGAUGAGGCUGUAUCGACGAAAGGAAGAGAGGUUGCAUCUGCCACGCGCUCAUGUGACCCGGCUGUAGCAGCAGCAGGGAGUGAGACUGUGGAGGUGAGUGGCGCUACGGCUGAUGCUUCUGCUAAGCUCAAAACAAUACCUUCUGGAGCAGCAGAGUGUGAGAGGUCAGGCGCAUCUGGUGCAGCAGGGCCGUCUGGUGCAGCAGGGGCGUCUGGUGCAGCAAUAGAUUGUAGUGAAGAACCCAAGGCUGUUGCUUGCACUGCCGCUCCUGCUGCUCCUGCUGGUUCUGCCACUCCUCCUGCUCCUCCUGUGGGGUCUCUUUCUGCUGACGGUGGUUCUGUGAAGCAAAUCACGCAGGGCCAGAAGGAGCCAACCACGCAGGGUCAAUCAGGCGGUGGUGUGGAUGGCGGAGGCAGCGCCGUGGGGAAGGAUCACGGGGAUGGUGUCAAACAAGCACGGGGACCCCGAGAGAAAGAAUCACCUCAAGAGGUGCAACAGACGAGGAUCCAAACCGAAAAGGGGCGAGGAGAGGGGGUUGAAGCAGAGCAACUGAAGGAAACAACGGGUAAAGCGGAGUCCAGAGGAGGGGGGAAGGCAAAGCAGAGGCAGGAGAGUGAGGAGCCCCCAGAAGGAGGUGAUGAGAUGGUGGUGGAAGUGUCACCAGAAAGAGAGCACUCUGUUGUUCAAGUUCCUGUAGCACCCCCGAAAAAUUCUCUCGCAUUGACCCAAGAGUUGGCUCGAGUGCCAGCAGAGAGAGGGGAGCCGGUUGUCAAAGAGCCUGUUGCGCCUCCGAAAAAGGCAUUGGGAUUUGGCCAGGAGGCCGCUGGAGUGCCAGCAGAGAAUGACAACACGGUUGCGGAGCCGUUGAAGCCACCUGAGAUACCGCCUAGAAUGCCUGAAGUGGCAGAGCAGGGCAGCGCAGGUGUGCAUGGGACUGGCUCCCCUCACGUGCACGCUGGAGGGGAACACGUGGCAGGCAGCAAAGCAGGUGCUGCUUCAGGGCCUGAUGAAAAUCAUGCUGUUGUGGAACAGGGUGGUGGGAAGAAGAGUGUGGAUGGGAAGCAGGCCACAGAGGAGAAUGGUGAGCAGAGCUGCUCCGGUGAGAAGCGCUCGGCUGAAACAGGCCAAGAGGAGGCUCACCAGGAGAGCCCACGGGAAGGAAGGUCCCAAAAGCAGGAGGAGCAGCAGCAGCAACAGCACCAGCAGCAGCAGCAGCAGGUGUUACAAGGGGAAGGUGUGCCGGAUGUGAAACAAGAGCAGCAACAGUUGAGUGGAGCCGAGCCGGCAGUGGUGGCUGUAGAUGAUGAUGAGGAGAUAAUUGACUUGUGCGAUGAUGAUGACGAGUGA